CAGAACACACAUCAGACAAGAGUGGAGAUCAAAUGACAAUACAAUACCCACUUUUAAGGAGACAUCAGAAUGAAAGACAGGCAGAAGGGACAGGAGGGUGACGGUAAGGUAUGGUAACGUGCUGGUCAUAUUCCUUGCUGGGAUCCACAGGCGACUCCGCCCCAGCCGAAAGAAUAACAGCAUUACCAGCAGCCCCUCUUGCUCUGUUCUUUUCCUUUUCGCUUCUUUUCUGUUGGUCCCGCCAUUUUCUUCUUAAUUCGUACGAUCUCCAUCCCACAACGCUGUUCUUCAUCUCUUCCUCUUUCUUCUCUUUUUCUUACUCAUUUCACUCCUCGAAUUCCAUCCUUUCCAUCCUUCGCUUAUCCAUCUCCUUUUGUUCUAAUUCUUCAUUUUCUCGAACGCUUCUCCUUUUCUUGCAAAUAUCUUUCCGUAUAUUCAAACGUCGUUGUUCUCCCGCUGUAUCUUCUCCCCAUUACUUCGCCUUUUAACGCUCUACCACUUUACAAAUCUUCAAUAUGUCGACUUUCUUCUACGGCCAACAGCACCAGCACCCUCAUGUCGCUCACAUGCAAAAUAACCACCAUGGGGGCCGCUCCCGGAGAGGACCCAAGAUGGCCGCCCAGAACACUCAGCAGCGCCAGUUCCGCGGAGUCAAGAGCAUGAGAGAACUAGCUGAG